AGCUACAAUCAAAAGUGCAAUUUUAUUCCAGACAUCAUGCUUAGAAAAGUCUAGACAGUCUACACUAGAAGAACUUACUGAAGUACAAGACUAUUGGAUCUAUAUAAGUAUUCAUAUACAGGGGUUUUAGUGUCUUGUUGGUUUGGAAAUGGAAAUCUAAACUCAAUGGCAACGGAAAGUGCGGAGACAAUAGUGGAGGCGCUCAAAGCAUGGGCACUGAAGGCUCCAGACAAGGAGGUUUUCAGAUUUAUGAAAGACUCAGAGGUGUAUGCCUCCCUGACUCCCCAGUACAUCCUCCAGGUGGCCAGCAAGUUUGCAGCAAGGCUCAGGAAGUACGGCCUUACAGACGGCGACGUAGUCGGGAACACGCUUUUGAACUCACCAGAGAGACUGUUGACAGAUUUCGGAAUCCUUCUGGCAGGGUGCGUCACGGUCAGUUGUGAGACUGCUGAACAUUUCUCUGAACAGUUUUGGAGCACCAUCAGAACCGCCCAGUGUAAAGCCAUAUUGCUGACCACCAACCAGGAGAACCAUGCCUUUAGACUAUUCCGACCAUUCAUGCCAGACUCGUCGCAAAAGUCCGGCCAGGCCAACGUACAGAUCGACAAGGUCCAGAGCGUGAGACAGCUGAUUUACUGCCACCGUGACGACGGCAGUGGCCAGGAAGUCUCUCUUUUGGAAAGCCUAGAGGAUGACGAAUCCGAGGGCUACAUUGCCUCCCCGAAGCCCGAUGACCUAGCGACAGUGUUUGUCACCACUGGGUCCAGGGGAACCUGUCUCUUGAUUCCAAGGUCGCACUGGACAAUUCUCACUGUCGGUAAAAUGUUUCAGAAGAAUCACGGAUGUUUCUUCAACGAUAGACCUCUUGGCUGGGUGUUCUCGUUUCCAUACGAUUUCUUGAAUGAAUCUUCAGUCAGAGUUUUACUGGAUUACUUUGAGUGUCAGAAGAGAGUGUCAGCCCAAGACAAAUGGAAUGUCAUCUGCAAAGCGAAAUGUGAGACCGCUUUCCUCUUGCCCCAAGUGCUGCUGGAGCUCAUUAUAGUUCUCAGAGAGAAGAGGCCAUCUUACAAAGUACAUACACUCAUCACUGGUGGACAGCCGAUUAUCCAGUCCAUCACUGGAGCCAUCGGUCUGCUGACGGAGUAUGUCAAAGUGAUCUACUUCGCUACCGAGACUGGACUGCUGACCUCCGCGGUGGUCAGCCAGCAAAAUAAGACAGAGAUGAAGCUCUAUUACUGCGGGAUGCCCAUCAAGGAUGUGGAGUUACAGAUAGUAAAUGACGAGGGCGAACAACUGGCGCCCUACGCUGUCGGAAACAUUGCAGUAAAAUCGCCUACAAUGGCGACAUCUUACUAUAAUCAGCCAGGAGUCAUGCAGACGUUUGUUAACGGUUUCUACGUCACCCAAGACAGGGGCUACGUGGACGACAUCGGCAGCCUGUACUGCUUCGGCAGGGCCGGAGAGCAACUGAAAUUGGGAGAUGUGACCUACUACGCCAGCAACAUCAAGGCGAUGCUCUACCACAGCCCGGAUGUGCUACGGAACUUUGUCGUUGUGGUCAAAGACAGAGAAGGGAGAGAGAAGUUUUACGCAUGUAUCGUGCCAGUGACUGGAGCCAGGCUGAGCAAGGAGUCUAUGCAGAGAUACUGUCAACUCUACCUCUGCAGCCCCCACUCUUUAAUGGCGCUAAGCACAAGUAACAAUAGCACCUCAAUUCUGGAUCAUUUGGAAUUUUUGUUUUUCGAUAAAUUGCCAGAGGCGGCUAAUGGAAAAAUUCCGAUUGCCUUACUUAAGGACAUGAUCAGACUAAGAUUGGGGUUUGAGUUACAACCUCGUUAAGAUAAUUUCUGGGGAAGAAAAAAAAGCAUUUUCUCCACUGAAAACUAAAAGAGAGUCUUCUUAUAGUUGUUUCAAAGUAGAAUUGUAGAGCUUUUUGUUCCCUUAACUCCUAGCCACCAAUGUUAACCCGCAUUCUUUUAGUACAUUACUUUUAUCAUUGCAUGUGUUGUAGUUGAUUAGAUUAAUAAUAAAAAAAUACUAUUAUAAACAA